AUGCAGGUCUGUCAUACUCUUCUUCUUCCUCGCUUUCCGUGUCAUGCUCAGGCGUCAACUCCCGCCACCUACGCUGCUCCUCUCUUCUCCCUCUCUGCCCUAUCUUUUCCUGCUUCUCCCUUUCCUUCCGAUCAGGUUCCCUUCGCCCCUCUUGCCAUCCCUCAUACCCCUCUCUUCCUGCAGGGGAUAAUUUCGUCUUAUAUUGCUCCUCCUUGCCAUGUUCCCUCUGCCCUUCUUGCCUUCCCCUGUACCCCUCUCUUCCUUCAGGGAAUAAGUCCUUCUCACGCCGCUCCUGCUUACCCCAUCGGCGCUGAUCCAGCCCAUACUCAUAUUCCUCCAUUCCACUGGCUGCCUCCCCUUCCGAUGACCCCUCCCUUCUUCCAUGCUGCUCCUCAUCUCUCUUGCUUCCCGAGCUCAUCCCAUACAACACUCGCUCUAUCCCCUCCCGGGCUGCUCUAG